AUGGAGCCCAGCAGCUUGCGUUUCUUGGGCCUUGGCGAGUCCUUAGUUCCAUGCCGAAACUUGUGGUCGCAAACCUGGACAGAUGAUCCGCCCUUGUUCCUCCGGAAGAUCCGCGGGCCAGAGCCAACGCCGCCUGUGCCGCUGGAGUUUCAACCGACAUCUCCGGGGCAGAAAGAAAGGCUACGACGGCUACGAUUGUGCACUUGGAACGUCCUGGCCCCUAGCUAUGCCUUGCACAAGUCUUUUCCGGAUGUGAAACCAGAGACUUUGACUGCAGUGGUGUCUCUCAGAAGCGGCGACAUGACAAUGUGGACAAGUUCAAGACGACAAUGA